CAGAGUGCAGAAACAAUCCAAUCCAAAUUCGACCUCGGCAUCUGGUACGCUCUGGGCCUCUGGCCUGCCCUCACCAUUGCCGUCACCAGCAGCUGGGGAGGCGAGGACAGCUCCGCAAAGCGCGAUUGGUUCGCCGGUGCCAUCAGUGAUCUGUUUGUCGAGCGUCCCGAUACCGACGAAUUCGACAUCGAAGCCGUCUUGUUGCAGGUCAUGCAGGACGAGUUCGAUCUCAACGUCGAGGACGAGAGCGAAAUCCCUGUCGCCGAAGAGAUCAUGAAACUCAGGAAAGAGACCGCCGAGGGCAACUUUGCUGGUUUUGAGGCUGUCAAGAGGAGAUUCGAGGAACGUGGAGGAAAGAUUCCUCAGAACCUUCAGGUUGUCGAGCACAAGCAAGAUGGUGACGAGAGCAGCGAGGACGAGAGCGAUGAUGAGGAUAUCGACAUGGACGAUGCUGCCCCCGCUCUUGUCUCCGCGCCGCGCGAGAAGCAAGAGCCAGAGGUCGACGAAGAUGGCUUCACCACUGUUGUCAGCAAGAAGAAGAGAUGA